GAGGCGGGGACAUGUUGUGACAUCACACAAUCCUUUACAUUGAUGGCUGGACUUUGGGAGGCGGGGACAUGUUACGUCACACAAUCCUUUACAUUGGAGGCCAGACUUUGGGGGAGGCGGGGACAUGUGACGUCACACAAUCCUUUACAUUGGAGGCCAGACAUUGGGAGGCGGGGACAUGUUGUGACAUCACACAGUCCUUUACAUUGAUGGCUGGACUUUGGGAGGCGGGGACAUGUUGUGACGUCACACAAUCCUUUACAUUAGGAGACGGGCACAUGUGACAUCACACAGUCCUUUAUAUUGGAUGCCAGACAU